AUGUAUGUAACAAAGCGUUUGUCCGAGUACCAGAGAAACCCAUCGGAGCUUACUUUCCUUCCAACGGAAGGUCCAAACUCCGGCGUAUUGGUGAUUCAAGACGAAGAAUCACAGCCUACAUGCUGUUUUGGCAAAUGCUUUGGUUGUGAUCUCAAUGGUUUGCCGUUUCCUCAGAACACAAGAGUCACCGUUAAAUACCAAAUCGGACAUGGAGAUGACAGAAUUGUCUUGCUUGACUCGGUCGCGUUCAUCCCCGUUCUUCACCAGCCUCCUUCUUCCAAUCUUUACUACGUUAUAAGGCGAAGAGGGAAACAUGCAGGAGAAGCAUGUGUUAGUGCAAAAGAAGAGGACAAAGUUUCUUGUUGCCUUUGUUUUACUUAUGUCUCUAAUGCUACGCCAAGGCUUCUUGAUCCUUUUGACAUAUACCAACAAUUUGAGAUACAUCAAAGAGGCUCAUCAACUCGCAAGUUUUUCGCUACAUCUGUUGCUUCAGAUGGAAUACCACCUCGGUUCCUGAGGAGAAAAGGCUGGACCGUUCCUUUCUCUGCUUCCCAAGACUAUGGUUUGAUUGAUGAUGCAAAGGGUGUAGUUGAUGCAAAGCUGCGCUAUGAGCUUCCCGAUUUCGGUAAGAGUGUAGUAGUUGGAAAAUGGUAUGUUCCGUUUUUGUUUGUAAAGGAAGGAGAUGCUAAAGAUCAGAUGAAGAAAUCGAUGUAUUAUAGUAUGACACUUCACCAAAGAUUUGAAGAGGUUUUCUUCUGCGAAAACGUUGACAAUAAAAAUUGCGAGGUUAUAGUUGAUGUGGAGGUAGAAACAGAAGUGGUUAAGCUUGAAGGAGAAAAUAUUGGAAGAGAGACAAAAGGUGUGAAUUCAGAUGGAGUUGUCUGGUUUGGUGUCUCAGAGACUCAGAAGAUAGGUAUUGGGUCUGUGGUCUUGGAGAGGAUGAAAUGGGAAGAAGAGAGGUUUGGGUGGUCGAAGAAAGGCAAUGAACUAAAGUCUAGCAUUAAGAGAACUGAGAAAUUUGAAGGCGGUGGACCACAAUGGAAGAGUUAUAGAUGCUAUGUACUGGUAGAGACCUUUGAACUGAAGAAAACUGAUGGGAGUUUGGUAUUGACGUAUGAGUUUAGACAUGUUGAUAAGUUGAAGAGUAAGUGGGAUUGACUUUAUUUCAGCUUCUUUGUGUGUUAUGUGUUCAAUUUAUGGUGUGUUCAUUUUAUUGAAAGGUUAAUGCAAGUUCAUGUGUUAUGUGGUGAAGCUAACUUGCACAAAAAGGGUGUAUACUCUAAAAGGAAAAAAACCUCAAAAGUUUUG